GGGCCUCCGGAACAGCGCGGCGGGGUCACCUCAGCUUGGCCAGCAGGGGUCAUGGCGGGCUUGGUGGACUUUCAGGACGAGGAGCAAGUGAAGGCCUUUUUGGAGAACAUGGAGGUGGAGUGCAACUACCAGUGCUACCGCGAGAACGACCCAGACGGUUGCUACCGAUUGGUGGACUACCUGGAAGGAAUCCAGAAGAACUUUGAGGAGGCCGCCAAGGUGCUGAAGUUCAACUGUGAAAAGAACAAGCACGGCGAUAGCUGCUACAAGUUGGGGGGCUAUUAUGUGACUGGAAAAGGGGGCCUGCCCCAGGACCUGAAAGCUGCCUCUAGUUGCUUUCUGAUGGCCUGCGAGAGUCCCGGCAAGAAGUCUGUGGAGUCAUGUCACAACGUGGGUCUCCUGGCGCACGAUGGACAGGUCAAUGAAGGUGGCCAGCCCGAUCUGAGGAAGGCCAGGGACUACUACACCAGGGCCUGUGACGGCAACUAUGCCUCCAGCUGCUUCAACCUCAGCACCAUGUUCCUGCAGGGUUCCCCUGACGUUCCCAAAGACAUGGGCCGGGCAUGUCAGUACUCUGUGAAAGCCUGUGACCUGGGCCACAUUUGGGCCUGUGCCAAUGCCAGCCGCAUGUACCGGCUCGGGGAUGGCAUCCAGAAGGACGAAGCCAAGGCCGAGGAGCUGAAAAAUCGGGCCCAGAAGCUGCACAAAGAGCAGCAGAAAAGCGUCCCGCCCAUCAAGUUUGGGUAGUGUGCUUUCCCGCCUGUGCCCUGAACCCCAGUUUCUGACCUUGAAGUUAAUGUGCUGCUGUGGAUUUGGGACUCGGAGCUCAGGUGACAUAGACCUAUUGUCCCAGAGGGAGGGCUGCGACUCCUGGGAUGUAGGCUGAAAUAUUUAUGUCCGUCAAUACUUCUUGAUCUGGUGUGUUCUGUGAAGACACCCAUGUUUAGUGGGUCGUAGUUUUUAAACUCUUUCCAGUUCUGAGCAGAACAGGAAAUGACAGAGCCAUGAGAGUGUGGGUCAAGGGGGACAGGGAGCAGGAGCCUGGAAAACGAACAGCUCUAAGGACCCCACCGCCGCCACCACCACCAUCAUCAUCGUCACUGUACUUAGGAGGGCUUGGAAGUCAGAGUAUCUUGACUUACGUAAUAGAGGAUUUAAGUUGCUAAGAACAUUUAACUAGUCACGACUGCCACCCUCUGACUUAUAUAAUCCUUGGUGUGGGCUUUCCCUGUGCCUUUGGAGUCAGCUGUUCUCGUUCAGUCGUAGAGCCCAUCAAGAAGACCGUCAGACGUAAAAUGAAAGGUCCCCGAGCUCCAGGGCUGCUCGAGAACACGCAGCAUAUAAGCCUUGGGGUGGAAAUAUCCAGUUAAAAAUAAGCACCCACUGACCACUCCCCUGGCUCUACAAGCAAGGGCUCUGUGACAGGUUUUGCUCCUCAGAACUGGACCUUUUUACCUGCCCUGCAAAUAAACUAUUUUGAUU